AAAAGUUUAGAUGCUUCCUGGUGAAGGUUUCAAGGGAGCAGUUCUCCCAUCAACUUAGCUAGAAGUUGGGGCUCUUGUUACUUUUGAAACAACAGGCCAUGCUUCUGGGGAACUUUAUAUCGGGGUGGGGAAUCUUCUUUGGGUCAAGGGCCACUAACCCACAAAACAAUCAGUCAGGGGCCACGCAAGUGAGAAGCAACCACAAACAACACUCCCCAAAACCCUCUCCGGGGGAGCUGUGUUAGUCGGUAACUUUAAAAACAACGAGUAGUCCUGUGGCACCUUAGAGACUAACCCACUUCCUCAGAUGAUGAGCUGGAGUAGAAAUAGCAGAAACCAAGUUAUUCAUAAUGGGGGGAAAAGAGGUACCUGUCAAUUGUAGGAGUGGUGCUAAUGAGGCUAAUUAAGUGGGCUGGGGGUGGCCCAUACUUAGGUUUAGAUGUAAAAAAUGCAGUUGUUAGAGGCAGGGGAGACUGGAGACAUUUAGUUAAUGGCUUUGUUCAAGCCCAGGGAAACCAUGUCAGAUCAGUAGAUGAAUGCCAGGUCCGCACUCUCAUGCCGUAAUUGGCUGGUGAAAUUCCUUUGUAGAAGAAUGGCUACUUAAAAAACAAAACCCUGCACUGAGGAGCACUCUCACAAAACCCACACAAACCCCUUGCUGGGAAGUUCUUUUUGAUUUAAUAUUUGAGUGCAAUGUCUGAGUUUGCUUUUCCUUGCAGGGUGCUCGGACGGGCCCGUCUCUGACCAAUCCUUCCUCCCUUUUCUGGGGGCCUCGUGCAGGGAAGGGCCUCGGGGACGCCCGGUCUCUCCCACUCACCUCCUUAACGGAUUUUGGGAGGAGUUGCUGGCAGCACCUGGCUGGGGCUGGACACUGCAGGGAGGGGCUACCUGGCAUGGCUCCCUGCUGCAGCCGCCCCAGGUGACGCCUGCCGUCUCCCUGCUGCUGCCCAGCACGGCUCUGGGGGGCGAGCACUCCCGCAGAGAAGGGGCUCCGGAACUUCCUGUGCUGCAGCCUGUCUGCCUGGCAAGGCUGCCCCUCCGGCCACCUCCCCUGUGCGUGCCUCCUCACGUACGUGCAGGACGAGGAGCCAGAAGUGUCCAACCUGAACCCCCAACAGGCUGGACUGAACUGUCCAAGGGGCCGGAUUCGGCCCCCAGGCCAUAGGUUCCCCACCCCUGCUUGAUACGUUACAUAAAUGUUCCACGUACUCGUUGCCUGGCUGGAAAGUGGGUCACAGUCCUGGUAAAGCAUUGUCAGUGGGUUGGGAUUUGUAAAUAAGCCGCCUCUACCACAAAACCCAGUCCUUGAAUAAACCUCUUGCUUAGUAGCUAUUGUUUCAAAGCAGCCUGCAGCCACACACCAGCGAUAUUCACAGUGGCCGCUUAAUGCGUCUCCUGCGGUUCUUCGCAAUCCAUGAUUUAAAGCCCGGGGUGAUUUAAUUAUUAACCGCGCUAAGCUAUUAACCAAUCAGGGUGCUUUUACGAUGUUCUUCGCCAGUUAGCAAUAAACUUGCGCCAAGUUCUUCACUCCUUUGCUGGCAACGCGGAUUGUUCCAUUUUCUACUGUGCUGUGCGUGUGACUCGUUGUUCCACUGUUUGAGCCAGGGAUGUGCUGACCCCGAUUUCUAAGGAUCUCCUUAAAAAUAUUCCUCAAUCGUUUUGCAGUGCCAGUUUUCAAUGGGGAGUGUGGGAUAUUCGUGGGAAAUCUGCUGUUGUUUUCUCCACAACUAUUUAAGGAGGCAGCACAUCUUUGCAAACAAACACCUAAUAGGAGGACUUACUAGGAAACUACCCACAGCACAUUCGUUAGUUUGUGAGACUGAGAAUGAAGAUUCUGUCAGGGUGUCAACCUCUAGAAUUUUAAACAAACCAACCCGAUUUUUUGCUCCUUUGGAAUGUUUUUAUGAGCACAGCAGAGAGCUUUUUGCUUGGCUGGCCAAAGCAGAGAAGGCAUCCCAACCUCGCCAUCAGUGGCAUGGCAAACCUGGGACAGGGGUUUCCCAGGAGCUUUCUGUAAUAACUGCCUGCUGAUUUUCAAUACGGCAGAACCCCUCUGGCCAGUCACAGCACUUAAUGCACUUCCAUGGGGUAACUAACCACUGGAACAAAUUACUAAGGCUUUGGUGGAUUCUCCCUCCCUGCAAAUGUUUCAGUCCAGAUUGGAUAUUUCUCUAAAAUCUGUGUUCUAGACAAAGAGGAAUUAAUUCAGGCACGGCCUGUCUCUGACCUGCGUUAUCAGAAGGUGAUUACAGCGUUCCCUGCUGGCCUUAGAAAUGUAUGAAUUACAGGGUGAUGGGUGGGAGAAAAAAACAAGAGCUGCAGAAGGGAAAGUAACUGGAUUCUGUUCUGGCUGGCCCAUCAUCCCUGUAGUUGUUAAGGACUUGCCAGUGCAGAAACUGCACCUUGAAGUGUUUGCUUCAACUAACUACUCUUUAACACCAGCUGAAUCAGGGUUACCAGUGGUGACCUGCGUGCCAGGAAAGUCGCAAUCUGACUUCCGUGUACUAGGCCAAGUCUUUACAGUCAACAUUAGAAAAGAGCAAACCUGUUUUGUCCAUAAACAUUUUAAUUACAGCGAAACAUAGAUCAUGGCAAUCUUGCUUUACUCUGAAAAUGUCUCUGAAGUAAUAAUGUGCUUUUUUUUGUUUGUGGUGGAUUUAUACCCAGUUUUGUCCCUGUAGGCUUAUGACCUGUGCGUGUCACUGUGACUUCAAAACAUCUUGAAACUCAAAGUGAAACUCACUGAAGCGAGUGGUUUUGCUUGGCUAGGAAAAAACAAACCAACCCACCAAACACUCUAUGGUUUCCAACAAUAACAACAGAACCCAAGUGAGCAGAGGUUCAUUCAACACUCUACCUGCCCUCAUUCAAAACUUGGCUCCAUCGACUUUCUGACAAGCUGGUUUGCUCAGAGUUUUUAGAUCAUUGUCCUUUUGGGCUCAGCAUUUUUUUGUAAUGCUUGGGAUUAAUCCUGCAGCAGAAGCUAAACAUCUUGGUUAGAAUAUUUUUCUAACCAGGAAAUACAUUUUACCAUAUUCUGAUCUCGUCUUCAUUGAAGUCUGGAGUGCUUUACUGCUUUGCUGUGGGUUGACACCAAUGUAACUGAGAUCGGCAUCUGGACUCUAAGCAUGAGCUGACAGAUUAAGUGACCGCCCAGGAAAUGGAAAAGCAAACACAAGCUAUCAAGAUGGAUGUCAGUGCGGCACCGCCACUUCUAAUGGAAAGAAAGGUUCAUGUCCAGCUCCGUUGGAGACAGAUCAUCCAAGCCAAACUGAGGAAGAGCUGUUCCUGCACGACUAAGAGACUGAAGAACAUAGUCAUGGGCUUCUUCCCUGUGUUACGGUGGCUUCCCAAGUACCGCUGCCGAGAAUACAUAUGGGGGGACGUUAUGUCCGGGGUGGUGAUUGGUAUCAUUUUGGUGCCCCAAGCAAUAGCGUAUUCGCUGCUAGCUGGGCUGCAGCCUAUUUAUAGCCUGUACACCUCGUUCUUUGCCAACCUCAUUUAUUUCCUGAUGGGCACCUCUCGCCAUGUGUCGGUUGGCAUUUUCAGCCUCUUAUGUCUCAUGGUCGGGCAGGUUGUGGACAGGGAGCUCCUCUUGGCGGGGUUUGACCCUAAUGACGAGGCUGACGCCGCCCGCCACAGCGACAGGUGGAACGGCAGCCAUUGGAAUGGGACCGCCUUCAACCUGACAUUGGGGGCGUGGAGUGCGGCGUGCGGGAAAGACUGCUACGCCAUCGGAGUCGCUACCGCCUUGACUUUUCUGGCGGGAGUUUAUCAGGUUCUGAUGGGCGUCUUUCGUCUAGGAUUUGUCUCCGUGUACCUUUCCGAGCCCGUGCUGGAUGGGUUUGCAACAGGCGCUUCGUUAAUCAUUUUAACGGCCCAAGUGAAGUACCUGAUCGGAGUAAAAAUCCCACGCAGCCAAGGGCAUGGGAUCUUGGUAACCACCUGGAUUAGUAUUUUUCAAAACAUUACUCAAGCCAACCCAUGCGACGUGAUCACGAGCGCGGUUUGCAUUGCUGUGCUCGUCGCUGCAAAAGAGCUGGGCGAUCGGUACAAGCGUCAGCUGAAAAUGCCACUGCCCACGGAGCUGGUGGUUAUCAUUGUAGCUACCCUGGUCUCCCACUAUGGGAAGCUGAAUGAAGUGUACGCCUCCAGUGUUUCGGGUGCAAUCCCAACCGGAUUUAUUCCCCCAGAGCUGCCCCAUUUUCAGCUGAUGCGACGGGUGGCGGUGGAUGCGGUGCCGCUGGCCAUCGUUGGCUUUGCAUUCACUAUCUCCCUCUCCGAAAUGUUUGCCAAGAAGUACGCCUACACAGUCCGCCCCAAUCAGGAAAUGUUCGCCAUCGGGUUCUGCAACAUCAUCCCUUCCUUCUUCCACUGUUUCGCCACCAGCGCCGCCCUGGCGAAAACGCUCGUGAAAACGUCCACGGGCUGCCAGACACAGGUCUCCAGCGUCGUCAGCGCGGCGGUCGUGCUGCUGGUGCUGCUCUUCCUGGCGCCGCUGUUCUACUCUUUGCAAAAGUGCGUUUUGGCGUGCAUCAUCAUCGUCAGCCUCCGCGGGGCUCUGCGCAAGUUUCGAGACCUGCCCCAGCGGUGCCGUGUGAACAAAGUGGACGCGCUGGUCUGGGGCGUUACUGUCUUCUCGUCUGCCCUGAUCAGCACAGAAAUGGGGCUUUUGGUGGGGGUCGUCUUUUCCAUGCUGUGCAUCAUUGUUCGCACGCAGCGACCCCGGACCGGCCUGCUGGGUCAGAUCCAGGGCACGGCCUUCUACGAAGAUGACUGGGAAUAUGAAAGUCUCUCUCCUGUCCCCCACGCCAAAAUAUUCCGUUUUGAGGCACCACUGUAUUAUGCAAAUAAAGACUUUUUUCUGAAGUCUCUCUACAGAAGGACUGGGCUAGAGCCUACUCUGGAAGCUGCUAGAAGGAGAAAGACUGAGAAGAAGCAAAAAGAGCACCUGAAAAAGGGAAACCGAGGCUCAGUUGUUAAGGGAUUGGAUGAGGCAGAGACAGCCUCCCACCUGGUCCCUAAACAAAUAGAUUUCCACACCAUCAUCAUCGACUGUUCUUCAGUUACGUUUCUGGACUCGGCCGGGAUCAUCACAUUAAAGGAAAUCCAGAAAGAUUACAAUGAGCUAAACAUCACCGUUCUUCUGGCUUGCUGCAGCCCCUCAGUGAUUGACUCUCUGGCAAGAGGGGGCUACUUUGGGGAGGAGGACAAAAAGAUGCACGAACUGCUCUUCUAUAGCAUCCACGGGGCUGUGCAGUUUGCCCGGGACAGACCGGUUUUGGCGGGGGGCUCUGCUGUUUAGUUUCAAAGGGCCAUAUGUGUCCCUGUUACGUAAAAGUCGGCAGACAUCUCUGCCCGCGGGACAGGAGAAAGCAAGCAGCUCCGCAGCGCCACAUCUCACCUGCAGAUGGCGCAACUAGGGGUGUGGUCAGGGAUCAGAUGGGAGGAGUCAGGCGGGC